AUGGUUCAAUACACUUUCUAUUAUUUCCCAGCCAGAGGACGUGGAGAGGCUAUUCGUCACUUGUUGGCCCUUUCAGGCAAGAAAUGGGAAAACAGAGUGAUUGCACUCGAAGAGUGGCCAAGCUUCAAAGGCUCCAUGCCUUUGGGACAAAUUCCAGUAUUGGAAGUUGAUGGUGUGAAGAUUGCUCAAUCUGUCACCAUUCUUAGAUUCCUCGGUCAUCAAUUCCACAGAGCUGGAAAGAAUGCCGUCGAAUGCGCUCGUCUGGAUAUGAUGGCUGAGGUUGUUCAGGACUUGAUCAACGCUCCAUUCACUAGCAACUAUCCUAGAGUCUUGCUCGGCUUCCCAGGCUUCGAGCAUGAAGACAAACACGAUUACUUCAAGAACAAAGUUCUUCCAGAGCUCAAUCAAUUUGCUCCUAUCAUUGAGAAGUUCUUGGUUGAGAAUGGUGGUAACGGAGUUUUGAUCGGAGAUAAUGAAACUUGGGUUGAUGUGUUUGCUGCUGAAACCUUCUCAAAGUUUGUUGAUUUCGGACUCAAGGAUGCUCUCGAUUGCUAUCCCAAUAUUCAACAGCUAAUCUCUCGCGUUCACAGUUUGCAACCCAUUAAGCAUAUGAUUGAGACCAGACCACCUUGCCCAGCCUAA